AUGACGAUGAGUUCGUCGAUAAGAGAAAACAGUAGCUCAAAACGUAAUGAAAGUACUGACAAAAAGAUAAAAUUGAUAGCAUCAGAAGAAAAGUAUCGCGUUAAACUGCAACAAUUUACAAUUUGUUCGUUGAAAAUUCGAAAGCUAUUGAAAACUGGUCGCUUACCAAAAUAUAUCAAUUUAUCAGCAUAUGAUAAAAACUCUGUAAGAGCAUUAGUAGGAUACAUCCAGAAUGAGAAUCAAAAAAAUAUCACAUUAUCAUUUUAUGCAUUAGCUGAUCUAAUCGAUUUAUCACGAUCAUUACUUAUGCUUGGCUUACUCAAACAACUCGAAAAUAUUCUUGUCAAAAUGGCAUCACAGAAAACAGAUUCACUUCUCCAAGCACUAAUUAUCGUAGGAAGCGAACGCUCAAUUUAUAGUGGUUUAAAUGUUCGUCAAAAAAUUGAAAAAAUUGCAGCAGCAAAAUUUCAUGAUAUUGUGCAACAUAGAUUUUUUGGCCAUAUACCACCAAUUAUUUUCGCAAAUAUUAUCGCACGAUGCGAUUUAAACGUCGAAAAAGAGAUUAAUGCGGUAGAUGCUGCAAUUAUAUGGAUUUGGCAACAGGAAAAACCUCUCAUUAAUAGUGCUUUAAUUUUUUCACGUAUCCGUUCGGCAUUUUUGAGCGACGGUGAUCAUAAUUCCAUCCAAGAACGUUUGAAAACUUUACCAAAUGGAGAAAAAAUGAUUCCAUUUAUUAUGACCACAUUAACAAGCACAUUUUGUCGUCGUUGCUGUACUAUCAAAGAACAUAUUGAUAAGGGAUUGGUACGCUGUGGUAUACCCAAGCCAUCCAAUGAUACAACGAUUGAUCUUCAUAAACUUCCAUUAUCAGGAAAAUUAUCAAUUAAGCAAUAUAAACGGAAGGAAAACAGUGAACAGUUAAAGAAAAGAGGAAAUUUUGAAAAGCAAAAUUAUCCAAAAGAAAAGGAUGAAAAACGGAAUGCAAAACUGAUCAACAAAAAUGAUGAAUCAUCGAAAUCUAUUGGAUCAACAUUAGCAUCAGAAUCUGAAAAAUCAUCGAAAUCUGAAAAAUCUAAGGUGACAUGCUUGCAUACGUCUAAUACAAUUGCUUUAUGGACAAUAAUUUUGCUAGUUGUACCAAACAUUUUGAAUUGUAUUUCAAUUUUAUUAUUAAUAUUGAUUUCAUCGCAUGUGAAACGUUUCAAGAAUAUUACAGAAGAAAUUGCCAGCAACACAAAUUGGUUAGCACGAACAGCGCGACGUGUUAGUUUUGGACCAACGGCAAAAUUAGCACUUCUAAAUUAUGCCACAUGCAUUCCGGAGAUAAAACAGAAUAUGCAAAUUAUUUCAUUACCUUCAGUUCAACAUCAUGCAUUUCAAGCAGCUAUGGAUUCGUCAACUAUCAGAGUUGACGGAUUGAAAAUGCUCGAUGAAACAUUCUCUCAGCGAACAAGAUUGCGACAAUUUGAAUUAGUGGUGGAGAAGAAAAGUAUUUUUGUAAAUGCUCAUUAUCUAGCAGAAUUAUCACCUUAUUUUAAAAUGCUAUGCUUUGAUGAUACAUUUCGAGAAGCGCAGAAUGGUCGAGCUGAGAUAGAAGAUGAAGCAUAUGAUGAAGUUAUUGAAUUACUUCGUUUCAUAUGUCCAAAUAGUGAUUAUGUUAUCAAUAGAAACGUUACAGAAAACAAUUUUUCUAUGCUUACUCAUUUCUCAAAUUUGAUGCAAUUACGAGAUUUACGACGUCAACUUGAAAGUUAUGUUGAAAACGAAGUUCGUAUGGAGAAUUAUAGGCCAAGAGAUGAGAAUUUAGUGGAAAUGAUCACUGAGGCAAUGAAUGCUUCUUUUUCACCAAGUCUUAUGGACAUUAUGUAUCAAAAAUUAGCUCGAAUUGAUUUGAAUCAUAUUAAAGCUCUUAUUAAAAAUCUCCCAGAUCGAUAUGCACAAGCAAUAUUAGAAGGUGCUCAAAAAUUUUUUCGUGUUUAUCCUAUGCAAUUGCCAUAUCGAUCAUCGUACAGUUAUGAUCAAUUUCAGCAGGGAAUCUUUUAG